CAGGUGUCCCAAUCCCCUCCAAAUCAUGUGAUUCAGAUGUUCCAAUCCCCUCCAAAUCACGUGAUUCAGGUGUUCCAAUCCCCUCCAAAUCAUGUGAUUCAGGUGUUCCAAUCCCCUCCAAAUCACGUGAUUCAGGUGUUCCAAUCCCCUCCAAAUCAUGUGAUUCAGGUGUUCCAAUCCCCUCCAUAUCAUGUGAUUCAGGUGUUCCAAUCCCCUCCAUAUCAUGUGAUUCAGGUGUUCCAAUCCCCUCCAAAUCAUGUGAUUCAGGUGUUCCAA